UGUUUAGGAGUGUAGUGCUCGGGCAGAGCUCCGGUGAGGAAUUUCAGAGGAGGAAUUGAUACAAAUGUACCUGUGGUAAACCUUUAGUGAAGCCUCAGAUUGGAGUAUUGUAAUUUAUUAUUGCUCAAGUUAGAAUCUUAUGUCCGUCCUAAAUAGACAGUAAUAUAUUUUCCGGAGUGAUGUCGAAUCCGGGGACUCGAAGGAACGGGUCUAGCAUCAAAAUCCGACUGACAGUGUUAUGUGCCAAGAAUCUGGCGAAGAAGGACUUCUUCCGGCUCCCUGACCCUUUCGCCAAAGUAGUCGUCGACGGGUCGGGGCAGUGCCAUUCCACAGACACGGUGAAGAGCACGUUGGACCCCAAGUGGAACCAGCAUUAUGACCUAUACAUUGGGAAAACAGACUCUAUAACCAUCAGCAUUUGGAACCACAAGAAGAUCCACAAGAAGCAGGGAGCUGGCUUCCUGGGCUGUGUGAGACUCCUGUCCAACGCCAUCAGCAGGCUAAAAGACACCGGCUAUCAGCGGUUGGAUCUAUGCAAACUCAACCCCACCGACAGCGAUACAGUACGUGGCCAAAUAGUAGUGAGCUUACAGACACGCGAUCGGAUAGGAAGUGGAGGACCCGUGGUCGACUGCAGAGGACUGUUAGAAAAUGAAGGACCAGUAUAUGAAGACUCUGGAACAGGGAGACCUCUCAGCUGCUACAUGGAGGAGCCCCUGGGCCCCCUGCCCUACACAGACAGCACUGGGGCGGCAGGAGGGGGCAACUGUCGCUUCCUAGAAUCGCCCAAUCAGGAGCAGAGGCUCCAGGCACAACGGAUCCGCAAUCAAGAGGGCAGAGGUCAUGCACACACACCUCAGAACCGGCCGCACGGUCACCAGUCACCCGACCUCCCCGAAGGCUACGAGCAAAGGACAACUGUCCAGGGCCAAGUUUAUUUUCUGCACACACAGACCGGCGUAAGCACCUGGCACGACCCUAGAAUACCACGGGGCCCGCGCUCCAGAACCGGCAGCAGUGUAGAGCCUCAAUGCUGUUCCUCCCUCAGGGACCUCAACAGUGUGAGCUGUGAAGACCUAGGACCUCUGCCCCCGGGCUGGGAGGUCAGGAGCACAGUGUCAGGAAGGAUUUAUUUUGUCGACCACAAUAACAGAACAACACAGUUCACCGACCCCAGGUUGCAUCACAUAAUGAGUCAGCACUCUCAAGUGAAGGAGUCGGGGCAGGGCCUGCCGGUGCAGACGGAGGUGCCGGUGGAGGAGGUGAGCGGGGGCGAGGGGGAGGUGCCGGUGCGGUACGAGAGGGACCUGGUGCAGAAGCUGAAGCUGCUCCGGCACGAGCUGUCCCUGCAGCAGCCCCAGGCCGGACACUGCCGCAUCGAGGUGUCCCGCGACGAGAUCUUCGAGGAGUCCUACAGGCAGAUAAUGAAGAUGAGGCCCAAGGAUCUGAAGAAGAGGCUGAUGGUGAAGUUCCGCGGGGAGGAAGGCCUGGAUUACGGAGGAGUGGCGAGGGAAUGGCUAUAUCUACUCUGCCAUGAGAUGCUAAAUCCAUACUAUGGCCUCUUCCAGUAUUCCACAGAUAACAUCUACACUUUACAAAUAAAUCCCGACUCCUCUAUCAAUCCUGAUCACUUGUCUUACUUCCACUUUGUGGGCCGGAUUAUGGGCCUGGCUGUUUUCCACGGACACUACAUCAACGGGGGCUUCACUCUGCCUUUCUACAAGCAGCUCUUGUCGAAGCCUAUUCAGCUUUCUGACUUGGAAACGGUCGACCCUGAGCUACACAAGAGCCUGGUGUGGAUUCUUGAAAACGACAUUACGCCUGUUCUGGACCACACGUUUUGCGUAGAGCACAAUUCAUUCGGGAAAUUUCUACAGCAUGAACUGAAGCCAAAUGGUAGAAAUAUUCCAGUUACAGAGGAGAACAAAAAAGAAUAUGUAAGGCUGUAUGUGAACUGGAGGUUUAUGAGAGGAAUCGAAGCUCAGUUCCUGGCCCUGCAAAAAGGCUUCAAUGAGUUAGUUCCACAGCAUCUGCUAAAGCCAUUCGAUCACAAGGAGCUGGAGCUGAUCAUCGGGGGCCUGGGGAAGAUCGAUCUGCGCGACUGGAAGGCCAACACACGGCUGAAGCACUGCGUGGCCGACAGCAACAUCGUCAAGUGGUUCUGGCAGGCGGUGGAGUCCUUUGACGAGGAGAGGAGAGGCCGGCUGCUGCAGUUUGUCACCGGCUCCACACGCGUGCCCCUGCAGGGGUUCAAAGCGCUGCAAGGUUCUACAGGUUCAGCAGGACCAAGAUUGUUCACUAUCCACUUAAUAGAUGCCAACACGGAUAACCUGCCCAAAGCCCACACAUGCUUCAACCGCAUCGAUGUCCCACCUUACGAGUCCUACGAGAAGCUCUACGAGAAGCUCCUGACCGCAGUGGAGGAGACCUGCGGCUUCGCUGUGGAGUGAGGCCUCCAUACCCCAGCGAAGCUAAGCGGCCGCUUAGUGACACGGAGUAACCCAACCUUCCAGUGAAGGAGGCGAGUCUCAAAGCUUCCAGUGUAGCAGCAUGGAGUGGGACAUCACCAAGAGGGAGACCUGGAGCCCAGAUACCAGGAGAGCGCAACAAGCUUACCGAAGACUCAAACCUUACACAUGUUCAAAGAAUUUUAGGAGUCAUUUAUUCUUUGUGAGGUUUGGGGAGGGGGGCUGUGUGUACAAGUGAAGUUUCACUAACAAAAACAAAAAAUGGCCCUUUCUCCAAACUCCUGCCUGUGCCAGCAAAGCCACUGAAGUAUUUGAUUUCUAGUCCUACCUUGAUUAUGAAUCAGCAAAUUCAAGCUUACCUGGCUGAAAAAACAAAGUCGCACUCUACCUGUUGACUUCAUCAAGCGAGGCCAUGUCUACAGGCCUGGUUUUGGCUUUUGGCUGGGUCAUGAAAUGGACAUACUGUGUGUGCUGAGGCAAUUGGCACGGAAACUACACAACAAUGAUUAAUCGUCUGUAUUUUCCCUUAGUGCCAGUUCACAGUAUUUUUCUAUAUCCUGUCACCGUUAUUCUAGGGUGUCUUAUAAACUUCAGGCUUCAGACAGUUGUCAGCUUCCAGGUCACUGUUGUGUUCUCUCUCAGUGACUUUUUGAGUGAAGUGCAUUCAGGAAAAGAAGUAUUUUUAAUUACCAUUUUGUCCUGACAACCUGACAAUGGUCAGCCUUUAGGGACCUAUGGACACAACACAUCAGCUGCCCAAAUGACACUGCCACAAAUAUAACUACAUAAGUAGCAGAUUGUUGUGUUCAUGACUCACAAUCUUGGCAGUGUUGUCAAAGAGUUGCACCCUUUCUGGCACCUGAUAGUGUUUCAUCAAGUAGGGGGAAGACUGCUAUAUCAGCUUCCAUAUUUCAUUUCUCAUGAUUUAGGUUUGAAACUGUAUACACUGAUUUGCACAUAGGAAUAGUUUUAUUCCCAAGCGCAUUUGAAGAUUUAUAUGUUGUAAUGAUUUAAUGAGUUGCUGGGGUGUCAUUAGGGUUGAAUGUCUUCAUGAAGUAAAAUAUAAUAGCAUGUUAUUUGAAAGAAAUUCAAGUCCUGAGUUUAAAUGGAAAAUACACAGAAAAUGACCGGAUUCACUUUAUCCGAAACAAAUUUAUCUUGUCAAAGUUUUAACAGGGAAGACUGUGUACAACUACUAAUUUGAAUAUUUGAACUAUAUAAUGAAAUCUGCUUUGAAAUAACCACCAAAAAUGGAAAAAUAGUGAAAAUGCAUUUCAGACAUUAAGAAUGGCAUAAAGUAUGUGAUAUAUGGCCUCUGUAUUUUAAAGCAGUAUUUUAAAAAUCAUUUUUGAAAAUCAAAUGUGUUAAGUGUAAUACAUGUACAGAUUAACUGAAAUCUCUGUCUUUCUAAAAGCAUACUAAUAAGGGUACCUCAGUCACUUUUAUUUCUGAUAAUAUUGUAAUAGUUUAUUUUUGUAUUUUACAUUUUUGCACAGGAGGGAUUACAAAAACAGAAUGAGGGGAGGGGAAGUGUUUUGAAACACUGAAGGUCUGUGAAUUAUGGUCAACCAGCAGUUCUCAUCGGUCUGCUUUGGAGAACGAGACGCUGUAAUACAAUUGAAAAUUUAGGCUAAUCCCCUUGGUCUGGAAUUACAUUCAUGAUAAAAUUGGAAUAUCACAGUUUUAUCAAAAUGACUUCUAAACUUCUGAAAGCAGUGAAGCUGGCCCAGUUGGCAUCAAGGAAUUAUCAAAUCCCUUCAUUAGGAUUUUAAGAAACAACAAACUUUAAAUCUUUAUACUUUUGAAUUUGAACCACUUAUUUUAACACAUGGUUUUAAUAUAUGUGAUAUACAUCCUGUUCUGUUGGUUCUUCACCCAGCCUUUUUGUGUCAAAAGCCAAAAAGCAUGUUGAAGUACAGUACAUUACACACUGACUUAAACCCAUGGACAUUGGGGUAAGUGGUGAAAUUAAGUAGGCUGAACUUGGUCUCGCCUGAAUCCCUUUGGCAGUAUACUGGAAACCAAUACGUUCAAAGAAAAUAACUACAGGAGGUCUAAGAUUUCAAUGUGUAGUGCUUGAAGUGCAUGGCACUUAGGUUACUCUUUUCAUAUAAAGAGAGCCAACAUCAUUAUUUUAAGUGUACUGCAACCACUUGUUUUUGUUUUACUAAUUAUUUAUUACUAUGUAAUGUUCUUUUUUUUAGUAUUGCUGCUAUCAUUCCAUACUUUUUUAAGUUCAUUAUUUGUGAAAUCUGUACACUAAUCUUUAUUUUAUAUAUGAAUGAAAGUAUUUAAAAAUGCUGCUAUUACAAACUAGGUAAACAGAAGAAAUAAAUAAAUAGAAGACCAUGAAGAUGGAGUUAGCAGUGACUGAGGCUAGACCGCAGAGGUCAUGUUCCUGUUUGUGAAAUAUGCAAUAAAACCUGACAACUUUAUUUACUA